CUUAACUACAGACCAAUUGAAAGGUGCACAAUUUUCUGCAGUUGUUUUUAGCUAACCAGCAAAAUUUCUCACAAAGAUCCAACGUACAUCCGAUGCCGUAGUGGCAAGAUGACGACAGAAGAUGCGAAAACCUACCUGUCAAGGCGUGAUAUCCCACGCUUGUUCGAGAGUCUGAUGACAGGAUUAAUGUAUCACAGACCUCAGGAUCACAUCAAAUACUUGAUAGAGUGCCUUCAGAAAGUACAUGAAAAAGGUCAAGAUACAAUAUCAUGGAGUUCUUUUGUUGAUAUGCGUCGCACAAAGACCCCUCUUCCUCCAAUUUCAAAUGGGACAGCUAGACCAACAUCCAAGGGAGGUUCAAGACCUACAUCCAGAACAAGAACACCAAAAGAUGAGGAAAUACUAACAUUGGAUAUGGGUAACAUUCAGGAUUCACUUAUCAACAAAGUUAUUGCUCAUGAAAGAGUGAUCUCCCCUAUUAAUAAUGGCACUACACAGGGGAGAUCACCUGCUGUAGCUCAAAAUAAACAUCGACAGAUUUCAUCUAGAGAAAACUCAUUUACUGACAAAGAGGAGAAGACACCAAGAGAGAAGACGUCAUCCCCUCUUCCAGCCAUCCCUACGUCAUCUAAAGCACCAGAAAAGAUCACCACACCUAAUGUGCCAGUUGUUAUAGUUAUGGGACCACCUGGUUCAGGUAAGGAGGGUCAGGUUGAAAGGUUAUUAAAGCGAUACCCAGGUUGGUGUCAUCUCAGUGUAGGCAAGUUGAUCAAGGAGGAGAUACAACGCCGUGGUGAGGCUCACACCAAAUGGAAACUAACCCAUGAUCUGAUCAGCAAAGGGGAACCGGCUCCAGAGGAUGUAACAAUAGACUGUCUGUUGGAAGGUAUAAAGAAAUCAUCAUCAGCUAAAGGAUUCAUUAUAACAGGUUAUCCAAGAAACAUGGAGCAAGUUGGUGAUUAUGCUAAAUUUGUAUCAAGACUGGACGUUGUGUUCAUGAUAGAUUGUGAUGAGGCUAAAGCUAUGGACAAAUUGCUACGCAAGGGACGUACCUCCAAUAAACCAGAACAUUCAAUGUCAGCUGUCACAACAAAAAUGAACUUUUUCAAAGCAAAUUCUCUACCAUCAGCUAAGUUUUAUGAUGACCAGGGUAAACUUGUUAUAGUUGAGGGAGAUGGUAAUGAAGACUUGGUUCAGAGCAAACUUGGUGUAGCAUUUGAUAAAAUGUUCUUUCAACAGUAUGGCUCACAUAAACAAGAAGGGGCCCCACCAUCAUCAGCUGGCUCUAAUAUUCCUGAACCAGCAACAUACAAGAAGAAAUAUGAAAAAGAGGAGAGUUUUGUAGAAGAGGAAGUUAAGGAAAUGUUUGAUGGGCCGGUUCCCUUACCUCCAGUCAUCUCAGAGGCUGAUACAGGCAGGAAACCAGACCUACCAACAUGUCCAAUCAUCUUUGUUGCAGGUGGCCCUGGAAGUGGUAAAGGCACUCAAUGUCAAAAAAUUGUUCAAAGAUAUCCCGGUUUUGUUCAUUUAUCAAUGGGUGACAUUCUAAGAGAUGAAAUAUCAACAAAAGGUACAGCAGAUGACAAAUGGGGCAUGAUCUCACAACUUGUAUCAAAGGGAGAAAUGGCACCUGAGGAAGUAACUAUAGAUUUAUUAAAAGAACAGUUAAAGAAGAACAGUUCAGCAAAAGCUUUUAUCAUAGAAGGUUUUCCCAGGGAUAAAGCUCAGGUUGAGGCCUUUAAUAAAAAUAUUGGUGGUCUAAAUUUUGUGAUAUUAUUUGACUGCGAGGAAUACUACAUGCAGACACGAUUAUUGAAACGUGGUCGUGAAAGUGGCAGGGUAGAUGAUAAUCCAACUGCUAUAGCUAAUAGACUCAAGUUCUACAAAUAUAAUACUUUACCUGUAAUGAAGUAUUUUGAUGACCAAGGAAAAUUAGUUGUGAGAAACAUUGCAGAUCUUGACGCAGAUCGAGACACGGAGAGCAUGUUUUACGACCUCAGUCAAAUGUUUGAUUUUGCCUUCUUUGGAAAAAAGCCAGGUGACCAGUCUAAAUCAGACAAAACUGAUGAAGGUGAUACCACAGAUAAAGUAGAAACAACUGAUGCUGAUAAACCAAAUACAACUGAAACUGAAGACACAGCUCAAGAUAAAGUAGAAACAAGUGAAAAAUCAGAUACAAUAGAUAUACAAGAUAAAAGUAUUCAAGAAGCAGCUGAGCGUAUCCAGGCUGGUUUCCGUGGUUACCAAACUAGGAAGGAGAUAGAAGAUCGUCAGAAGGAGACUAAACCAGAAAAAACCAGAUCACAGGAACAGAUAGAAGCAGCAGAACGUAUACAAGCUGGUUUCCGUGGUUACCAAACAAGACAACAAUUUGAAGUCGAGAAAGAGCAGCAGGACAAGAAAGAAGACUCAAAAGCUCUCAAGGAUGUUCGUGUUGUAUUUGUGAUAGGAGGCCCCGGAAGUGGUAAAGGAACACAGUGUGAACGUAUUGUCGAGAAGUAUGGAUUUACUCAUUUGUCGUCUGGUGAUCUCCUCCGAGCAGAAGUCGCUUCCGGUUCAGCACGUGGCAAGGAACUUACAGCUAUUAUGGAGAAAGGCGAACUUGUUCCUCUGGAUACAGUUUUACAACUGUUGAAGGAAGCCAUGUUGGCGAAAGCAUCAACAAGUAAGGGAUUUUUGAUUGAUGGAUACCCGCGUGAAAUGGAACAAGGAACACGAUUUGAGAAAGAGGUAGCACCGUGUCAGUUCGCGUUAUAUUUCGAGGUUUCAGACGAGACUAUGACAAAGCGCCUCCUAGGGAGAGCUGAGACAAGUGGGCGUGUCGAUGACAACGAGGAAACCAUCAAGAAGCGUCUAAAGACGUUUCACGAUAUUACAACACCAGUUGUAGAUUAUUAUGAAAAAGAAGGCAAGCUGAAAAAAGUUGUAGCGGAGUCCGGACCAGACGAAGUUUUCAAAGAGGUAGAGACCAUUUUUGAUGCUAUGCUGUCAUCAGAAAAAUCUCCGCUGGCAGAUGCAAAAAUCAUAUUUGUGGUCGGUGGACCCGGAUCUGGCAAGGGAACACAAUGUGCUCGUAUCGUAGAAAAGUAUGGAUUCUGCCAUCUUUCAUCUGGGGAUCUACUUAGAGCGGAAGUUGCGUCUGGUUCAGAACGAGGCAAAAAGCUCAAUGAAAUUAUGGAAAAGGGAGAACUAGUGCCAUUGGACGUUGUCUUAGAGCUUAUUAGAGAGGCAAUGGUAUCUAAACUGUCCGAGACGAAAUGUUUCCUUAUUGAUGGCUAUCCACGUGAAAUGGAACAAGGAACUAGGUUUGAAAAUGAGGUUGCCCCGUGCUGUAACGUGUUAUAUUUUGAAGUAUCGGAUGAUACAAUGACAGCAAGGUUGUUAGACAGAGGAAAGACAAGUGGUCGUGUUGAUGAUAAUGAGGAAACUAUUAAGAAACGUUUACAGACUUUCCACAAUCAGACCCAACCAGUCGUAGAUCACUAUACACAAAGUGAGAAAGUAAUCAAGGUUCCUGCUGAAGGUUCGGUAGACGAAGUGUUCACACAAGUGCAAACAUUCAUGAAUAGCAAGUCAUGGUGAAAAUCCUCAUUUUCUUCACUACAAAAAUGUGACUUUCAGUAGUGGUCACGUGACCUAAAGUAGUGAUCAUGUGAUACCUGUGUAUAUGAGUAUUAUGGUAUCUUUUUGGUGAACUAAACAAAACAAAAAAGAAAAUUAAAAAUUAAAACUAAGCUGAGAGUAUGUAAAAUAUUUGGAAGUUAGUAAAAUCUACGGCCACUUAUGUACAGGCAUA